AUGAGGCCGGUCGUACCAGAAGAAGUCGGCGAUUUGCUGAAGUGGCGGCCACUCAUGCUUUUCAACAAGACGCUGUUAGGACCAGCCUAUAUCGAAAGCAUCGUCUCCUCCUCGCCGACCCUCAUCACCUCCCAAGGAGGAAAAACACUGCCACUUGAGGUCUGGUACAUGAUUAUCGACUUCUCGAAUCUCUGCCCAGAGAACCACCGGUAUUCCCUCGUACGACCCAAGCUGCUACAGACUAGCGCGGGAGGCGACAAACUUGUCUGCGAGCGGUACAAACGCUGGUCGCCUUUUGGUAACAUCAAGGAAAUCAGAGAACUCGAAAUGUAUCGAUUCUACUUGGCACACCCUGACAGAUUGUACAAUCCCGCCUUGGAUUCAACCUGCCCCAACCCCUUCAGCCUUUCAUUCCCCAGCUCCGGUUCGCCCUGCGCCUUUCCCACAGCUUUGCUAGCUUCAAAGACCAAGUUUCUCCAUCUUGAGCUUACGGUUCCCGAUGUUAUCAAGAACCUCGAGGAUGGCUAUUGUACCUGCUGCUUUGGAAAGCACGUGUUUGGGUCUGACUUUGUAUUGAGUGGUGCUUCGACCCGAUGGUAUUCGCAGUUGGCAGGUGGACUCAUCCCGAUGUUCUUGGCAGGAUUCUUUAUUUGCCCUGUCUGUGUCGGAUGUCCCAAAUUCGAUAGAAUCACUUUCCAAGUCAAUCGCAACCUCGAUCGCCAGGUUAUUCACAACCUCGCUCAUGGAUUUAUGCAAGGCGCAUAA